CGACGGGCGAAACCGGGGCCAACUACGGCCGCUAGUCACGUACGACGCUUCGGCGUAUGUGUCGGCGGUGUGACCGGCGAACUAACGCGGAAGGAAGGGCAGCACUGGGUGAAACGUAGCAACGCGGGGGUUAAACAUCGGGGAAGUAGAGGUAGAGGGGGAGGAAUGGAGAAGCUCCCCGGCGUUUCGAGCUUCUCGUUCGGCGUUAAAGAGCCAUUCCUCCCCCUCCUCCUCCGUUGAAGCCGUCGAAAGGAACCGAACCGAAAACAAAAGAAGCAAGGCGAAAAAUACGACGGCGGUUCGAGUGCUUUGGUGAAGUUUUAACUGGCGGAAAAAGUUGUCCGCGUUAGUCAUUGUCGUCCCCUUUUUUUAGUGGGACAUUUUGACUUUUUAUUUCCUUCUCGCGCGAUCCGCCGAGAAGGAAGAGGCGUUCAGCACCAAGUGGCAGGAAAGCGCCCCUAGUCACACACACACUCGCAACGCGAGCAGCUCAACUUUAUCACGACAACGAGCCAUGUUGAACAAAAUAACACAAGGCGGGCCGAGGGCCUGUGGACCUGGCCGCCGAGGUUCCAUCCCAUUUGAGCUCGUGAGGUACGGCGAUGAAGAUACUGGGCCGGAGAAAAAGUAUUUUCCGGAGUUGAAGGAGAGAAUCUCCUCUUCCCCAGAACAUGGCAGCUCAAUCUCAGGCUGCUAGCGAGCUGCCCUUGGAGGAGCUUCUGGCUCUGUAUGGCUUUGCAGUGCCGGACCCCGCCAAGCAGAGUUGUCACGUCUCAGCAGCUCUGCCAGAUGUGACAGUGGCCAAGAAUCAGAUCCCCGAAGACAUCUUUGCCGCAACGGAGGGAGUGGAGUCAUCAGCUGAUGAUCUCACCCCUUCAGUCACCUCCAGCACCUCUGAUUUGCUCCAACACCUGCCUCCUGGAAACAAUGACGCAUCCGUCUGCUCAUCUGACGAGGAACCCGACAAUAUCUCUGUCCCCUCCAAUGAAGAACACAAGGACAUCAUGGUCGGUUCCAUGUACCAGGCAAUAAUCCCUCCCCUCAGUCCUUAUACGUACCGGGAACAAGCGUACCACAAUGAGGAUCAGUUGUUGUGGAGACCAGGUGCUCUGCCGCUGCUGGAAGUGGAGCACUUUUUAAUGAAUGUACAGAAGCCACGUGGCCAGGAGGGGGCAGUAUGCAAGCAAACGUGUGCCGACACCGUACAAGACGAUGAACAGGCGCUGUAUGAGCUGCUGAGAUGCAACUUUAACGCGGAGGAGGCACUGCGACGACUGCACUUUAAUGUGAAAGUGUUCACUGAAGAGCUCUGUGGCUGGAGUGAGGAGGAGUGCAAGAAUUUUGAGCUCGGCUAUAAAGUUUACGGGAAAAACUUCCAUCUCAUCCAGGCUAAUAAGGUAAGGACCCGCUCUGUGGGGGAGUGUGUGGAGUACUACUACCGGUGGAAGAAGUCAGAGAGACACGACUACUUCACUCAACAAGCUUGCAGGAUCACUCGCAAGAAGUACACCUUGCAGUUAGGGAAGAUGGAAGAGGGAGACCAAGAUGGCGGGUAUGCCGGCGAGAUGGAGGGAAGCGAUAAUUCCGCCGCUUUACUGUCUUGCGGUAGCUCCGGAAAACUGCCGCCUCCUUUACCUCGGCAGUCGAGCCUAGAACUGGACAAACAAGACGAAGAACCGCAGACGGGCAACGUUAGCCGUCCGCAGAACCUGGUUGACUGCCCCUUCCCUCUGCCUGCCUCGUCCAAUCAGGGGGCUCGCUUCUCUGCCGUCGGGGCAGGUCCGGAGCUCCAAGACCAUCGACAGGGCUUCUUCCAGUUCCACACGCGUGACAGUCCGUUUCUCCCCGAGGUCUGCGGCGCAGCUGGUAACGUGACCGACUCCCCCGUCGCAUGCAGGUGGGACCUCACCUGCUGCGUGCCUCCUCUUCCCCAUCUCAUGACUUCCUGUCCUCCUCCUCUGCAUUUAUCUCCCUUUGACUCACUUCAGUGAAAGCACUUGGGAGAAUUCUGUUUGAAUACAGAAGCGAUCUUAGACUGGUGAAGCAAACAGAACAAAUGAAAAACUUCCAGAAUGUCACGGCUUUGGAGCCGUGAGAGUGACGCAUCCUCGGCACUGAUUGUUGCUGCUCUGAGUCCUUUCACACAAAGAUCACUUUAUUUCAACACAAACGGCCUUUUUUUUUGUGCUCUGUCAUCCGCUCUCUGUUUGGCGCUGUUCUCUGUUGGCUUGUGCUUUCCUCCUCUGUCCUUAUGUCGACAGCAGAUGUAGUUCUAGAUUAUUUUGGGAUUGUCAUGAAAUCAUCAUUUUUUUUUUGUUCCACGCCACUGACUCAUACCGUUGCGCCAGCUGCUUGCAACAUUCUCACUGUGUAUGUUGAGGAAGUGUUUGAAAAUGUCACAAAUGAAGUGUCACAAAGUUAGUGCGUGGGAUUUUUUUUUUCCAACAUUCAUUCAAUGUUUUAUCGUCAGAAUAUAAUCCAAGGUGUAAACUCAACAGGCCAAUAUUAUACCCAAGGUUAGGUAAAUGUGCAGGUAAAUGCCCCGGAUUAUCUCAAAACCAGACUACCUUAGAAUGUACACUGGUCAUGAUGUGGACUAGCUCAGAAUAUAACUUCGGGUCUAAACUGGAGGGACAUAAAUAAUACUCAGUCGAUGCCUACAAUUAAAUAAGAAUAAAACACAUUACAGUGACGUUAAGAUUUUGACUGUCGUCAUAAAUGAUUGAUUGAGGCUGUUCACUUUGGAUCACCCCCAACUCAUGAUGAUUUAGUAUUGACGUUGAUUUUUGUGAUUGUUCUUGUUUUAUUGGACCCUUACUUAAAUUUUAUUGUCGUCCCGUUCCGGAUCUGAAGAAGCAAAGCAAACGUUUCAAGGAGUUGAUGAACGUUGUUGGUUGUUAACGUGACGUCUUGUCAUCUUUUAUCUCUUCUAUUUAUUUGUUUUUCUUUGCUGUCUGUGCAUGUUUGAGAUCUUCCUGUGACAACAGUGAAGCGAGUCAGAUGGACGUUUGAGUUUACACUAAGGAGGUGAUGGACAAGGCCUGAUGUGAGCAGAACUGUUUCUUAUACUUUCACUUGUUUUGAUUUUUUGCAAUGUAUGUAUUGUACUACUCCGGGCGUUUGUUAAUAAUUAUUAUAUUUUGUAAAAAAAAUAAAGAGAUGCUAUUACAUGAUGAUAGAA